GUUGGAGGCACAGGCAAGCCCAUGCUUGUACGUUUUACAGGAAUAGAUGACUGGAGCCUAUUGCCCUGCUGUAAUGACCUCUCUUGUUAGCCUCAGAUGCAUGGCUUUUCAUUAGAAUGCAAAGCCUUUCACCCCUCUGGAUACCCCACUACCAUAGAUGGGGGGUGGUUUUGCACCGUUCAAUUUGGCUUGUUUAUGGUUCUAACACAGACUUCUUGCAACUUUAUUGAAACAGAAUGCAACAUUUAUUCAAAGUGAUGUUCAGUAUGCUGAUACUUGAUACUUCAUUUCAAGCCUGGCUGUUUUCCCUCGGGAAAUAUAAUGUUGAUGACUCAAGAAAACACAGGAACUUUUUAUACAUCAAAAGUAUUCCGUAUAUUUUACUCCGGUUCAAACCUGCCUGAUUUCUGCCGACAGGCUAUGCUGGCUACUUAAGUUAUUAGCAGCUUAUCCUCCACACGUUCACUAGUCAAUUGUCUUGACCUGUAAGAAUGGUAUUUAACCAUGCAGCUACACAGCACUUCUUCUGAUUGUUCGCAUUGUGUUUUCACACCUUUCUUGAUAAAUGCAUUUUCUGAACUUGCUAGAACUUGCAAGGGUCUACCAGAAGUGUAUGGUAAGGGCAUACAAUAAUGUAAUCAGCUGUGCCGAUCCCUCUGAGUCAACACACAUCUGUGAACACUACACAUGGUUUACUGAGUUGAGUUCUCUAUUUCAAGCUGUUAAGGGUUGGGGAGGAGGACAAUGGCAGCCAAAUAGCGGGCUCUGAAGUUAGAACAACGAUAUGUUGUCUUAUCAUGACCUCUACCAAUGAGCUUUGCAAUGCCCACAUGUUGAGGAACAUGCUAUUUUACGGAAAAAAAAAAGUUAUAUCAACGACAGCUACAUUGUGUUGAUGUGGAGCAUAAAAACACAAUGCAAUUUAUGCACUUCAAGAAAAGAUUGGAGCUAGGAACACAAUUAUUUUGAUACACCCGCAAUAACAUCUGCUAAAUACGUGUAUGUGAUAAAUAAUAGUUGAUUUGAUUUUUGCGAAAUGUUUAUAGAAUUUGGGGCUGGCCUUGUGAUAUUUAUCAAAACAAAAUGCCCAUGUAUGCAUAUUUGGAUUAGUCUCACGUAUUUCAAUCGAUAAGUAGACUUAAGUAAAAUGUGGAGUUUUGCCAACCUUGUAAAGCAACACACAGCAUCGACUUGGCUCAUUCUGGACUACAACAUUCAUGUUGGAUUUUGUCCAAUGACCCUGUCACACUGCCACACAUCAAUGAAGCUCUUAUACUGAAAAAUAGUCAAGAUGACAAGAUGAGAUCGACCUUUUUCUGCAGAAUAGUUCCCUCUAUAGUUAGUCUAUAUACUUGAGAGGAAUAUCAGUUUUUUCCCCCUGUGCAUAAUGAAUUAGUUCUAGAACUGCUAAUCAAACAAUACAACUCAAAAGAGUCCACUCGUUUAAUAAUUACAGUGAUAUCUUAUCCUAUCAUUAAACAAAAUCGCACGAAUUCUUAAGAUUUAAACACAUUUGUUAGAAUUCUGAAAUACAAAUUGGGUGAAAUAACUUCCUUUGUCUCAAGUCCAUCGAAUUUUAAAAUUAUUUUCAGAAUGUUAUUUGAUUGGUGAUUUUGUUUUUUCAUUCUUGCUGAUUUUGAUUAUGUUGUUUUAUUUGUCAGGGCACUCGUGUGGAGUGCUCUGAUUCAAAACUUUAGACCAGGGUAAUAAAAUAUUUACCUGCCUUGGGACUCAUAAACACAUCUUCAGAUGAACGGCAUGAUUUCACGCUAUAUCACAAACAUUUUAAAGCAUGAAGUGCACUGCCUGUCAUUGCCUGUCAUUUUUACUGUGUUAAUAAUAUAUUUUUGUUUCUCCGGUAAACAUACUUUACCACUCUUACCACAUUAAUAGGUAAAUAACGCACGUUUUCCUUAAUAAUGUCAAAAUCUACAGGGGGAAACAUAAUUGUAUGUUUCCGGCACGACUAUUUGUAUUGUUAUUGGGUUUUACAACCAACAUGAGCAUGUGGAAAUGCACCACAAAGAUAUGAAAUAGUUAACAUAUAGAUGUGAUACACAUCACAUAAAGUUCUAAUUUGAUCAAAUUAGGACAUGAUGCUGAUUGAUUGUCUCUACACGCAAAUGGGGUUUAUGCACAAAAGCCAUGAUGAUUAUCCCAAUUAAGAGCUGUCUUAUUAAAUUACUGUCUUGAGCUAACCAAUAGCAAUAGUUGUUUCAUUAGCAAGGAAGCGUAUUGAAAAGCAAAUCCUUCCUGAUUGCAGGAUGGUGUCAAUUGGCUUAUUUGCUCUCUUACUCAAAGUGCCUCAAACCAUAGGAAGGCGUUGUUUCGUUUGCUAGAUUAGAGUUAUUAGGCGUGGACAAAAGCUUACAUAUAGUUUGCCUUAAUAGCGGUUUGUCAUUGAGAGCUAUGCAGCUCCAGAAUUGCAUCUUGCCAGUUAGUGUACUAUCCAAGAAAUGUCUGAAUGUGGGCAGUGGCUACCCAUGCUCCGAUGGAUCUGAGCUGCAGGACCAUACUAUUAUAUCUGCUAGUGACAACCUGGAAAGAAGUUCACCUCUGAAAAAAAAUUCCAUGGGGAUGACGAAUCAGUCAGAGGCAGACAAUUUUUCCGACUCCAAGGACGCAUCAGGGGACGUCCAGAGAGGCAAACUCUCUCCUGAUCUCCACGGAGUCUCUGAAAUUCGUCAUAAUUUCGAUGGAUCUUCAGGAGAAAGGUAUAUCCUUUCUCAAUCUAACCAACCACAGUCAGUCGCAGCAACUCCAAGUGCUAUGUUCCCCUAUCCGAGUCAACAUGGACCAGCGCACCCGGCUUUUUCUAUUGGGAGUCCGAGUCGUUAUAUGGCCCACCAUCCAGUCAUCACUAAUGGAGCGUACAACAGUCUUCUGACCAACAGCUCCCCGCAAGGCUACCCAACCGCGGGUUACCCAUACGCGCAACAGUAUGGACACACUUAUCAAGGAGCGGCAUUCUACCAGUUUUCCUCCGCGCAAGCUGGGCUGGUGCCUGGAAAAGCGCAGGUAUAUCUGUGCAACAGGGCCCUGUGGCUGAAGUUCCACAGACAUCAAACAGAGAUGAUAAUCACUAAACAAGGACGACGGAUGUUCCCCUUUUUGAGUUUCAACAUUUCUGGUCUCGACCCGACGGCGCACUACAAUAUAUUUGUGGAUGUUAUUCUUGCUGAUCCAAAUCACUGGCGAUUCCAAGGUGGCAAGUGGGUACCAUGUGGCAAAGCGGAUACAAAUGUGACAGGAAACAGGGUGUAUAUGCACCCUGACUCUCCAAACACCGGGGCGCACUGGAUGCGCCAAGAAAUCUCAUUUGGAAAGCUGAAGUUAACGAACAAUAAAGGAGGUUCAAACAACACGGGACAGAUGGUAGUUCUACAAUCCCUUCACAAGUACCAACCCAGGCUCCAUGUAGUGGAAGUCAACGAAGAUGGAACCGAGGACUCCAGCCAACCUGGAAGAGUACAAACGUUCACUUUCCCAGAAACACAGUUUAUCGCAGUCACAGCAUACCAGAAUACAGACAUUACGCAGCUAAAAAUCGACCACAAUCCAUUUGCUAAAGGAUUUCGGGACAACUAUGACACUGUCUACACAGGUUGCGACAUUGACCGGUUAACGCCAUCACCGGGUGACUCGCCUCGCUCUCAGAUCAUGCCUGGUGCGAGAUAUGCCAUGGCUGGUUCUUUCCUACAGGACCAAUUUGUCAGCAGUUAUGCCAAAUCUCGCUUUCACCCUGGCGUAGGGACUGGUCCUGGCACGGACCGCAGCGUCCCACUUAGUAACAGCUUGCUAUCCCCGCAACAAACCGAAGAACCCACAGUUGCAUCCCCGCAGCGAUGGUUUGUCACCCCUGCCAAUAACCGACUGGACUUUGCCGCCUCGGCAUACGAUGCCGCCGCGGCUGCUGAUUUUGCGGGUAACGCGGCCACCCUGCUGUCAUAUGCAGCCGCUGGAGUAAAGGCCCUUCCUCUGCCCACUGCAGGGUGCUCAAGCAGACCUCUCGGUUACUAUGCCGACCCAUCCGGUUGGGGCACACGCACACCACCCCAGUACUGCAGUAAGUCUAGCCCUGUUCUAUCCUGCUGGCCCACAAAUUCUGUUGGCGGCAGAUCAGGCACCUCUAACUACCUGGUUGAUGACGCCGACACCAUCCCAACAGAAAGGUCACCCAUCGGAGGGUCCGAUGAGGCAAAACCAAAAGACUUAUCCGAAUCCAGCUGGAUAGAGACGCCGUCUUCAAUCAAGUCGAUUGAUUCAAGUGAUUCUGGUAUUUUUGAGCAAGCCAAACGGAGAAGAAUUUCACCGUCUGCCACACCGGUUUCGGAAACCCAGUUGAAAUCUGAGAUGUUGGGGCCAAGAGAGUGUGAGAAAAAUUGCGCCAAGGACAUUGGUUACUAUAGUUUCUAUCCACACAGUUAAACAUCCAUACAUCUGGGGGAAAAAAACGCAUGACCCAUGUGUUAUUUUUAGAUCCAUCUAUCUGUAGCCCAUAUCCAACUGAUAAUAUCCAACGGACAGGCCUAUCAGUUGCAAUGCACACCCUGUCUUGGGCCAACAUUGACGAACGAUUUAAAGAUGUUGCGUCGUAGUGCAUAGGCAUACUAGGCAAAUUUAGGCGAGAUUCUUCCAUUUAACAGUAUUAGUUUGCUAUCUGAUAGGCCUUAAUACAAUAGGCUAUUUAUUUAAUUUGAAGAUUUUUCACCAACAGCAAUUGUCUAUUGUAAUUAUGAAAAUAAUGUACAUAAUAUUUAACCCUUUAGUGAUACUGUGAAAUUAAUGUAAACUAUUGAAUUCAUUUGUAAUAUUUCUAAGUGUAGACAUACUCGUUGGUUGUGUUUUAAAACGCAUAUCGUAGGCCUAUACUAUAAACAAGUGAUCUCAUACAAUGUGUUAGAUAACAGAAAAAUAACUAUUGCGAGUCUAUGAUGGCUAUGUCGUUGUGUAACAUACUUUUACUGGUAGGAGCGAGAUCUGAGGAUAUGUAGCCUAAUUAUUUCGGAACUCAUUGUAGUAGGCUACACUUUGCCCAUCAUGUUCAAUCACAGUGUCAGUACAAAAUAUCCAGAUGUUAGACAUUUGAGGACGCGGCCAUUUUAUCUUACGCAAAAUAAGAUGGAAAUUCAUUAUAGGUGUGGUAAUAAACGUUUUAAAUGUUGAUAUAAUGUACUUUUUACUAGGCUACAUUAAUAAGGGGAAAAAACAAUGUUGUAAUUUUUACGUCUUUUUCGGACCUUCCAUUAUUUUUUACAGAUUGUGUACUAGUGUAUGUGGAAGCUUCUGUAUCUGCUGUAAUGUGCUUCAUUGCAAUAAAUUAUAGAAACGUUG